CAACCGAGGCGCCAGCUGCCGGCGCGGCGGCGCGAUGGAGGCGCCCGGCCUGGGGGGCCCGGGCCCGGCCCAGGCCGCGCUCGCAGCCCUGGGCCACCUGCACGGAGCGGCUCUUGUUGCUGCGGCCCGUGAAUCCAGUACUGCUAAGAUAAAUCAAUUACAGACUGCACUGAAAAACAUUACAUGUGAAAUCGAAUCACUGAAUCAGGAACAAAUCCUUUGUGAAACACAGAAUGCUGCUAUGUGUAAGGAGCGAGAGUGGCUGUGGGUCCAGCAUGAAGAAGCUGUAGCCUUAUUGAACCAGCAGAUGGCACAGAAAGCUAACACAAAUAUACUUUCAAAUGAGUUUUGCAACAAAACAAGGGAUGCAGAACAAGAAAUAAUCAACCUAACGAAUGCUGUGCAAGAAGUGAAAGAUGUUCUAGCUAAAGAAAUAAAAAUAUUUAAUGAUGAAAAAGAAAUGUGGGCUAGGAAGAAUGCAGAGAUGAAAACAAAACUUGAUCUUCAGAAGGCAAAAACUUCAGGAAAAAAAGAUGAAUUUGAAAAAUUGUCCAAAAAGCUAUCAGCUGUGCAGUCUGAGAUAGCUCAAAAUACAGCGACUAUUUUUAAUGAGAAAGUUCAGAUAGCACGACUGAAAGAAAGAAACGAACAACUAAUAAUGGAUUUAGAACUAAAAAUAACGGAAAAGCUGGAACUCUGCAAAAGGAAAUAUAGCCUCGAUUCUGACCUCCUCCUUUUGCAAUCAAAAAUUGCCCAAGAAAGAGAGCAUCUAAAGAUUGAUAUAGCAAAGACUAAGGAAGAAUUAAGUACAGCUGAAGGCCUGAACAGAAAACUUAAACAUGAAAAUAAAUUUAUAAGUAACCAGUAUCGAUUAUUACUUGUGGAAGAGGAACACUUACAUGCAAAAAGGGACGAGGCAGCAACGGAACUUGAAGGAUUAUCCAGUUGGCUGGAUGAAAGACUUGACAUUCUGUCAAAGCGUGUGGUGGAGGAGCAAAACUUGGAGGAUGAAGUUGAGAGACUCGAAGAUAUCUUUCAAAACACAAAGGAUGCUUGUGCAAGAGAACUAGAGAAUCUAGAGCAAUGUUUAAAGAGAGAAAGUGAGAUGAGAGCUUUGCUUCAGUGGAAACAACUUCACCUAGCAAAGAAGAAGGAACUCUUAUGGGUAACAGAGGAGAAAUUCAUGAAUGAAAUGAAUGUAAGACUUGAGACUGGUAAAAAACAUCAUGCUGAGCUAAUUGCAGAGAAUGAGUAUUUCCGAAAAGAAAUUUUGCAGGCUGAGGAACAGGUCAAACACCUUAGUGAUAAUAUAAAUAAAAGGGAAGUUGAAUGCGAGAAGUCUGAAAACAGCUUAAUAGAAGACAUACAAUGGCUUGAGGAUGAUGUCAAAGGUAAAACUGAAGGGAUGUAUCAAAAAGAACAACAACUAAUUCUGAGCAUCCCUCUCAUAGAAGAAAGACAGAAAGAGUUGGAAGAGAAGCAUGAAAAAUAUGAAGACUUGAAAAAAGUAGUCUCAGAACUAAAAGAUGAAGAGACAAGACUGACAAAAUCCAUUGAUCGGUCAGUCAGGAUGAUUGGUAAACUCAAGAAGAUCAUGGCUGAGCUGAAGAAUGAAUUAAGAAUAAAGCGUGACUUGGCAUUUGACCAGUUGAAAGAUCAUAUGGAAGUUCUGAAGUUGCUAGAGAGGGACAUCUAUGAGGUCGACAGGAAGCUUGACAUUGUGAAGACAGAAAACUGCAGACUGAAAUUAUGCAGUGCACAGAUGAAAGCAGAUAUUUUGACAAUGAGCCGUGAAGCCGAAAACCACAAAUCAACAACAAUAAAAAUUCUGAGUGAUCUGACAGUCCUUCAUCAGCUUUUUCUGAAGGGAUGGUCAGAGGACAGUAGCAUGCAAAAGGAAUUUGUGGAGAAUGAGAAGGAAAUCAUGGCUGCAAUAGCAGAUCUUGUAAUGAAACUUCAUCAGAGAGAGAAAAAGAUUGAUUUUAUUAACAAAGGGCUACAAAAUAACUUUGAUGGACUGGAUUCUUUGUUAGAAAGUAAAUCCAGCACAGAACCCAGUAAGAUGCACCAAUCCCUUUUCUUUUACUUUGUAUCCUGAUGGAAUUAAGGUGAAUUUGUUCAUUAGGAAUAACCGUAAUAACACUUCAGAAGUAAGCUCCAUGGAGCUACGUCAGUUUCCACCAGUGAGGAUCUGGACUUACAUUCACAGUGGAAAAGCUAUUGUGUUCAUUGGGAAAAGUAUGCGUAUUUUAUGGCACAGCCUGGGUGAUGAUGAUGCAUUUAAUUUCCUGUUCCUAAAGGCUAAUUCAGUAAGGAAGCUGUGGAAAAUAUUUAGAGCUUCACUGUUCUCUUCAGAAACACAUUUUAGCUUUUCCACAAUGGACAUGUGAAGGCUAACAAAUCAGAGUUGCCGCUUGGCCUGGCGCUGUAUGAUUAGCAUUAUGGCACUGCAAGUUUAAUUAAUGGUUAGGAUGUCUAGAAUUUUUUGUAUUGUAUUGUAUUUUUCUAUUGUUUACAUUUUAAAUAAUAAUACACUGGGGCUGAGCAUGAACGUGUCUCCUCUUAGGGCCGUUCCCUCCAUCCCCCAUAAUACCUUGCUACCUGCUCAUUUUAGCUUUGGUGGUACAGGCUUGUGCUUUGGAUGCUGAAAGUCCUAAGCUCUAUCCAUGGGAAUGUCUGCGGUAUGUGCAUGCAUAUGGCUAUAUUCCUAUAACAGAAGUACAUUGGUUUUUUUGAUUAUAGGAUUUUUAAGCAGAAAGGUUAUUAUUGUAGUCAUACACCUUUGAGGUGACUGGGAUUUGGAUACUUGGACAGCAAACUAAAGAAAGAGAUGGGUUAAAUCUAUAAGGAAAAGAAAAUUUCUGCUUCAGCUUAAGGCCUGAUACUACCAUUAUUUCCUGUGUGGAAUGUUUGCUGAGGUCAAUGGAAAGUCAUUGCAUUAAAAGACCACAAGGAUUAGGCAAAAAUGGGUCUGUUUAAUUACAUCCAUCUUAAACUAAGUAUCUACAAUUAACUUUUUUGUGCAAAUGAGAGCAGAUACUGAGAAAAGCUUGCUAAAAUAUAUGUAUUUUAUAUUUAAAUUCCAGAUGUUUCUGAAGGAUAGACUAUUGGAGUAAAAAGGAAAAGGUAAGUAUCCAUAUAUGAUUCCUAGGCUACAUUUACCUACUAUAAACUAUGCUCUUAACAGUCUACUGACUAAUAGAAAUUUUAGGAUUAAUAUACAAGAUUCCCCAGUCUUAUCCAAUGACAUGCUUAUCAUUAGUGCUACUUGGCUUUUGUUUUCACAUUUCUUUUUGACAACUUAGGGCCAAACUUUUAAGCCUGGAGUCACGCUGUCGAUGAACAGAAAUGCAUACACAAUUGCUCUUUUGUCAUUACCAUAGCUGUGCGUGCAAAUGUACAUUGCAGUUGAUCCAGAAACCCAGUCACCCCAAGUGCAUAUGCAGUCCCAGGAAUUGUCUGAAAAUACAGGUACAAGACUGCACAAAACACUUAUUUAAAAAAAAAAAGUCAGUUCAAAUACUAGCCAGGGUAGUUGGUAUUUUAUUUUAUUUAUCAGGGCCUUAUGGAUCUCGGUACAUAAAAAAUGGGAAUGUUUGUAUGCAAACAGAUAGAUGUACCCAAUCUCAUUAAGUAAAUGCCUAUUUUCACACCCAAAUGUGUUUUUGUAUGUACCAUUGUAGAAGUCCUUUUUGAAAUAGUGGAUCUAAUUUUCCAGUUAGGCAAUAAAGUUAUUAGGACAAAAAUCCUAAGUCUUGUAGUAAGAGAGAAUACUACAUAGUUUGCAUCUUAACAAGGAACAGAGAGAAUACUACAUAGUUUGCAUCUGAACAAGGAACAGUGACAUCUAGAGGAAGGUAAGCUGCUAUAGAGUCCAAAAUAAAUACCCUGAAUUAUCUGAAGGUUCCACAGUAUGGUCUCCUUUGACUAGAUCUGCAUCAGCUUUGCUUUGAGAAGUAAGCUCUCAAGCAGCUCCCCAAUUCCCCGCAGCCUAAUUGGGUAAUAACACACACAACAUACUACUGUGACUCUUAAUUAAACAAACAGACUGACUGUUCUACCAGGGUAUGCCAUGAUCAGUAC